GUUUUAUCUUGGCGCUGCUGUAGGUAAGGUUAUAAGAAACGAAAUCUUUCAAAAAACUUAAAUGACGCAACUCACUAGCGACGUAACUUCUACGUAACAACAAGAAGUCGUUCAUUUUAAAAACUAUUUAUCAAUAUAAAUUUGUCUAUAAAUCUUUAAAUAAUAAUAAUAAUAUAACAUCGUCAUGUUUUAUAAAUCGCUUCGCCGAUUUUUCCUAAAAUCGACCAGUCUGGUUAGAGAUUAACGCUUUUAUUAAGUUGGCGCCGUCUGCCUUCGAAUAACGGAAGUUCGGUAGCCAUUUUUAAAGGGAAUGGCUCCCAUAGGAUAUUGGGGCAAUCCCACUUCCACAUUAGAUUGGUGUGAAGAGAACUACGAAGUAACCAGAUACAUUGCCGAAUUUUGGAAUACGAUAAGUAAUCUAGCUCUUCUAAUACCCCCGAUUUACGGAGGAUGGAUCUCGUGGAAACAUGGAUUGGAAUUUCGUUAUGUAUUGUGUUAUGUAUUUCUUUUCAUCGUCGGUGUGGGUUCUUGGUGCUUCCACAUGACUCUGUUAUACGAAAUGCAAUUAUUAGAUGAACUUCCCAUGGUUUGGGGGACGUUAAUGAUGAUAUAUAGUUUAUAUGAAGUUCAUUCUCCUCCAGAUAAGAUUAACAAAUUACUCGCGUUGGAAUUAUUAAUCUAUGGUAUAAUUGUUAGUGUGGUUUAUUUGGCCAUUCGGCAGCCUAUUUUUCAUCAACUUGCCUAUGGAUUUUUGGUUGUGAUCGUCGUUGGUUUCGAUAUACGACUAGCUUUAACUGGAAAAUGUGAAAUUUGGAUAUUCGUCGUGGCUUCCAUUUCCUACUCUACAGCCUUUUGUAUGUGGAACAUCGACAAUGUCUUCUGUUCUGAACUUAUUACAGCCAGACAACUUUUACCUUUUGUCUUCCGUCCUUUAACUCAACUCCAUGGUUGGUGGCAUUGUUUGGCUGGAUAUGGAACCUACUUACAAAUUUUAUAUUUCUGUCAAGCUCGCAUGAUACAUAGAAAGGAACCUUGCAAAAUCAAAGUAAUAUGGCCUUUCUUAUUUCCAUAUUUGGGUCCAAAGAAACAAACUAUUCAAUAACAGAUCAGAGCAUUAUGUUAUAAAAGAGAUAGUUUUUAUAAGCCACAUAUAUAUUAUGUAUAUUUAAUAUUUUGAAUAUCUUUUAUAUAUAUCACUGCCUGAAAAUAUUGCAAAUUUGUGUUUGGUCACAAAAAUCAGUCAUUCGUGAAAUCUUGAUGCAUUCCUGCAUCUUUUUUUCAUUCCAUAUUGCAGAACUAGUCAAGAAUCCUAGCACAUUAAUAAUACAUUUAGAGAUUUCUACUUGAAAGUGCAAUAUGAUAAAAGUUGAAUAAGAAUAUAUCAUAAAUUAGCGAAGAUAAAGUAUUUUUUUAUAAUUGUUUCAUAAAUAUUAAUACCAGAAAAGUAUUCUUUUAUAUUUUAAUAUCACAGAAAAUUGUUAAAUUUUUAUAUGCU